GCAGUGUUUUCGAAUGUGGCGUCACUGUCGGCUAAAUACUCGGCUUCGUUCUCUUCAUUCAGUUCGAGACUUGAAUUUAUUUUAAUUGACACCUUUGUUCAACAUUUUCCACUAAUUGUCGUAACGCAAAAGAUGACAGUUGUUCGACGAGAUAAUCUGAAGGGUUGUACACUGAAAGAGAAGUUAGACAUUUACUACAAUGUUGUAAAAAGCCAGAUUCUCCGUUUUCAACACCCUAUCAGUGGAUUAUUUCCUCUUAUACCUAAGGAUCCUAACUGUAGAUAUAGUCAUGUACGUGAUUCUGUCUACUGCGCUACAGUUGUAUGGGCUUUGCAUCAAUGCUUUUCGCGAGUAGACGAUGAUGAGGGUCAUCAAUAUGAACUUGGACAAAGUGCAGUUAAAUGUAUGCGUAGCAUUUUAAUGGGUUGGAUGCAGCAGUCUUCACGAUUGGAAAAUUUUAAAAGAGUUCAAAAUUUGGAUACUUGUUUGCAUCCGCGUUUCGAUUAUGAAACGGGUGAACCUAUAUACGAUGAUCAUUAUAAAAACUUACAAAUGGACUGUAUUGCUCUGUAUGUUAUUCAACUAACUCAAAUGAUUCAUUCUGGACUUCAGAUUGUUUAUACCAAAGAUGAAGUGGCAUUUGUACAAAAUCUGGCGUUCUAUCUGGAAAGAGCCUAUCGUAUCCCAGAUUAUGGAAUGUGGGAACGUGGAACAAAACAGAACCGUAAUAUAACUGAAUUACAUGCUAGUUCCAUUUGUAUGGCAAAAGCUGCAUUGGAAUCAAUUGCUGGAUUCAAUAUUUACGGAUCAGAAGGAGGUCAUUCAUCUAUCCUUUUCAUGGAUGCUGAUGCGCAUAGUCGCAAUAGGUUAAUUAUGACGAAUUUGCUACCUAGAGAAUCUGCAUCAAAGGGUACUGAUGCUUCACUUAUACCAGCUUUGUGUUGGCCUGCGUAUGGUACAUGCUCAACAGAUACACGAACACCAGCGUUGGAACGUUGUGUAGAACGUUUGAAAGGUCGUUAUGGCUUUAAACGAUUUACUCGAGAUGGUUAUGCUACUGUUUUGGAUACAAAUAGUGAAUAUCAACCAGGAGAAUUAAUGAAAUUUGUUGGUAUCGAGAAUGAAUGGCCAAUGUUUUUUGCUUAUAUGAUUAUUGAAAACUGCUUAAAUGGUGAAUUAGAUAAAGCUAUGGAGUAUGAUCAGUUAAUGCAACCACUUCUUGUACAUCCUGUGUCUGAAUCACAUCCUUGGCUCCCAAAGUUUUUUUAUGUUCCUGUUGAAGAAUUAGAAAAAGAACGUCAAUGUCGUGGUUCAGCAGCUCGUAAAAGCAGCUUCCGUUUAGCUGGUGAAUCCCGCUUUCUUUGGGGACAAUCAGUAUACAUUAUAUCUCAGUUACUGUUGUCUGGAUGUCUUCUACCGAAUGAUUUAGACCCUAUAGGUCGAAGACCAUCACAACGUUUUGCUGGUAUGAUUACACCUAGCAAUGGAGUCUUAUGUUCUGGGAAAUCAAUGAAUGUAACAAUUCAAGUAGUCCUUAUUUCUGAAUCUGUACGCCUUCAACAAGUCUUAGCCACUUAUGGUAUUAUUACUCAGACACCGUUACAAGUGGAACCUAUUCAAAUUUGGUCUUCAGAUCAACUUGUUCGGGUCGGUAAAUUUAUGGGAUGUAGUGAACGUCUAGGGUUGUCUGGUCGUCCUCCUCGACCUUAUGGACAGUUAGGAACCAGUAAAUUUUACAGAAUAUCUGGCCUCACUGUCCUCUGUUAUCCAUUACUGUUUGAAGCUCAAGAUUUCUACCUUCUACACGAUAUGCAAGUGGUGAUUGAUGAAGCUAAGACAGAUUUUCUAUUUCUAGCAAAUUGGUGGAGAUUACGUGGACGACCAACAUUUUGUUUUCUUAUGCGAGAAGAUAUGGUGAAAGUUCCUGGUUUCGACAAAUUACUACGUUUUCUUGUAAGCAUGAAAAAUGGAACUAUACAAGAAGCUCAUAUUGUUUUGGGACGCGCUCAGAAAUUUGUUUCAAGUGGAUUUGUGGAACACUUAGAUUUUCUACCUUAUUGGACUGCUAAAGGUGAAUAUUUUCGUAGGCUGCAUCAAUUAGAUGCUGGACGUUCAUAUCGAAGUUUAGAUAAUCUACCUAAAGCAGUUGGUGCACCUUCGAAAUCUUUAAGUCGAUUGAAAUUUCAUAUAUCUGAUGAAGAAAUCUUUAGAAGUAUGCAUGCCAUGGAUAGAGCUCCUUUACAAAAACUAUCUGAUACACAAGUCAUUGAACAGGCUAUUAAACCUGGAGAUGAUCCAUUAAAUUUAGCUUAUCGUGUAGCUGCUCUGCAUGAAUUACUUAGUCGUCAUGGUUUAGAUCAUGGGUUUUCUACGGAUGAACAUUUUCUUAUUGUUCGAGAUUGUCUUACUGAAUUAUCUCGAAAAGCUGGUAUUCAACAAACGUGCUGGUUAUUGGAAGCAAUGAAACUGAAACUAGAAUCUGAAACCUCUAUGGAUUUGAGUAGUGAAGAUGGUGAAUGUAAUUUAUCAAAAUCUAUAUAUGAAUCGGUUUCCAAAGCGUUAUGCACUUCUGAUGCAACAUUGAGUCCACGUAGUUUAGGUGCAUGUCAUCUGUAUAGCUUACCACCUUGUCAAGUGAAAGAUUUACUGCUGCGUACAUUGAAAGCUGGUCAGGAGCAGAAAAGUGAAAAUAUAUCUUCUACCACUGUUAAUAAUAAUAGUAGUAGUUGUGGUAGUACUACUACUACUACUAACAGUAAUACUACUACUAUUACUACAACUACCGCUCCACAUCCAACACGACAGUUGACAGUAAUUACGGAGAAUGGAGCCAUAAAAAAUUCUGCAGAAUAUUUUCAUCGAACUCGCCGUGCACGUUUAAGACGUCAUAACCAACAUGAGAAACAUCCUCCUCUUUCUCAUGAAGGAUCUUGUGAUUUUUAAGCGGAGAACAUUUAGAUAUGUCUAAUCCAUUGUUUCAACGCCAACUGGAUGGAUGUCUAGGUCGUGUACCACCGACAUUUUAUCAAGGUGUCUAUUUGAUUCUUGAAAGAUCUACUCAUGGUGUUAUUAUCUGCGGCAAGCUAUUACCACAGAAACCAACUUUAACUGAUAUGACAGCUUAUGAUCUAAAUUUCAUUGAUGAAGUUGAAUGUCUUCUACGACCUAUACGUGAUCCUGCCUAUCGUUCAUUAGUUGUAGAAACUAUCAUGGUCAUUGCAAUUAUACUAGAAAGAAAUAAUGAAUUAUCAUUUAAAGAGACAGUAGAUAUUAAAAUUAUCAUUGAUGAUGCAAUAGCUGCAUUUAUGCAUGAUCACCCGUCAAAUGUCACAUUGUUUUGUAAUAUUAAAUCAUUUGAGAUAUCGUUCUGCAAUCCAAGUAGCUGCUAUUUAUUGCUGAACAUUUGAAGUCUAUGGAGGUUAGUUGAAAUAUUCUUCAAUGCUUCAUUUAUAUCUACUUUCAUUGUCAGGCGUAAUGAAACGACAUAUUCUUAUAAUGUGUAGUCAGUCAGAAAGUAUUAUUCAUUCAGGUGCUUUGAGAUAUACUCCAAUAUCCUUUAUUCAUCAUCAUCAACCCUAUUUUUUGUUUUAUCCUAUAUCUUUCUCAUACUUCUUUACUACUAGCCUUCUUGCCUUGUUAUCUGACAUAAUCGUCAUCUUUUAUGAAAUAUUAUCCUUGGUCUUCAGAAAGUAAACCAAUAAACCACUUGUUAAAAUUGUCAGUGUCUCUACUUAUGACAAAUUAAAUUAUUGAGCUUUCCAGGUAAAUCUCCAAAAUGUCGGUGCAGAAGUGUUUAUCCCUUCUGAGAUAUGCAUAUAGUGCCCGUAUGAUUCAUUUUUCACAGUGCGAUCUGAUAUAUAAUGUCAACCUUUAGAUAAUACAUUGGAGAAAAUCAAGAAAUCAAACAUAUAUAAUAUCAUGUAUUUUUGAGAUGAAUGGGGAUUUUUAAUUUAGAAGUAGUAUUCAUCAUGGACUGACAUCAGUUGGGGAACCAUUGGAAAUCUGGGAGCACUGGACAGCUG